UCCGGCAGAGGAAGCCCUCAGCCAGCAGACCUCCAGAGACACCCUUCCUGAGCUCCUUGUCCCAAACAUGCCCCUCUACACUGUCACCGUGUCCACGGGCAGCCAGUGGUUUGCAGGAACGGACGACUACAUUUACAUGACCCUGGUGGGAUCAGAGGGCUGCAGCGAGAAGACUCUCUUGGACAAGCCUCUGUACAACGACUUUGAAAGAGGAGCCGUAGAUACCUAUGAUGUGAACGUCCUGGAGGACCUCGGGGAAAUUCUUUUUGUCAAAAUUGAGAAGCGCAAGUACUGGAUGCAUGAUGACUGGUACUGCAAAUACAUCACGGUGAAGACGCCGGCAGGGGACUACAUUGAGUUUCCCUGCUACCGAUGGGUCACAGACGAGAAGGAGAUCGUACUCAGAGAUGGGAAAGCCCGACUGCCUCGGGACGAUAAAACACAACUGGUCAAGCAGCACCGACGCAAAGAACUUGAAGAGAGGCAAAAGCUCUAUAGGUGGAAAGAGUGGCACCCUGGGUUUCCAUUAAGCAUCGAUGCCAAUGCACACAAGGAUUUGCCUCGGGACAUUCAGUUUGACAGUGAAAAGGGAGUUGACUUCAUCCUGAACUACACCAAAGCGAUGGAGAACCUCUACGUGAACCGCUUCAUGCACAUGUUCCAGUCGUCCUGGAGUGACUUUGCCGAUUUUGAGAAGAUCUUUGUCAGAAUUAGCAACACCAUUUCAGAGUACGUCAUGCAGCACUGGCAGGAGGACUUCAUGUUUGGCUACCAGUUCCUGAAUGGCUGCAAUCCUGUCAUCUUCAAGAAAUGCUCCACACUGCCUACUAAUUUUCCUGUCACCAAUGAAAUGGUGGAAUCCUGCCUGGAAAGAAAUAUGACGCUGGAAGAGGAACUUAAGGAAGGCAACAUAUACAUCGCCAACUUUGAGAUCCUGCAUGAAGUCUCCGCCAACUGCACAGACCCCUGCACCAUCCAGUAUCUGGCGGCACCGCUCUGUCUCUUGUAUAAGAACUUGGAGAACAAAAUCAUUCCUAUCGCUAUUCAGUUGGGACAAAUUCCUAGUGAGACAAACCCCAUUUUUCUUUCGACGGAUGCAAAGUAUGACUGGCUGCUUGCCAAAAUCUGGGUGCGCUCCGCAGACUUCCAUGUUCACCAGACGGUGAGCCACCUCCUACGGACACACCUCAUCUCCGAAGUGUUUGGAAUUGCAAUGUACCGUCAGCUUCCAUCUGUCCACCCCCUCUUCAAGCUCAUUCUUCCUCAUGUGAAGUUCACAAUCGCCAUCAACACGAAGGCCCGAGAGCAGCUCAUUUGCGAGUGCGGCCUCUUUGACAAGGCGAAUGCGACUGGCGGUGGAGGCCACGUUCAGCUAGUGCAGCGCGCCAUGAAGAACUUGACGUUCUCCUCGCUGUGCUUCCCAGAAGAAAUUAAGAAUCGAGGCGUGGACAGCAAAGAGGAUCUGCCCUACUACUACUAUCGGGAUGACGGCAUAAAAGUCUGGGAGGCAGUGAAGAGCUUUGUUGCAGAUGUGGUAGAAAUCUACUAUGACAGCGACGAGACGGUGCAGACCGAUGUGGAGCUUCAGGCCUUUGUGAAAGACGUCUGUGUCUUCGGACUCAAGGACAACGAACACUCAGGCUUUCCAAAGACGAUCAGCACCAUAGACCAGCUAAACGAGUACCUGACUGUGGUGGUCUUCACUGCGUCGGCACAGCAUGCAGCUGUCAAUUUCGGACAGUACGACUGGUGUUCAUGGAUUCCCAACUCUCCUCCGACGAUGCGGCGCCCACCACCUGAAGAAAAGGGCAUGGUGACCAUCGAGUACAUCAUCGAGAGCCUCCCUGACCGGGGCCGUUCCUGCUGGCACCUUGGCGCAGUGUGGGCUCUGAGCCAGUUCCAGGAGAACGAGCUUUUCCUCGGCAUGUACACAGACGAGCACUUCACCGAGAAGCAAGUGAAACAGGCGACGGUCAACUUCAGGAAGAAACUGGACGAGAUCACGAGCCUCAUAAAGGAGAGGAACAAAAACAAAAAGCUUCCCUACUACUACCUGUCGCCGGACAGAAUUCCCAACAGUGUUGCCGUGUGAAGUCCAAGGGCUUCUCCUGCCGAGUGGGCCCCGACCAGACUAUGCCUUUGCCACCUGUUAUUUGACAAGCCAUCUUUUCACGCCAUGUCACACACAUUGUAAGUUACUGGGUGCCACUCCCUUACUGUUAGCCACCCUUAGGCUCCUGCAGUUCAGCGAGCUUCCAUUGGGGGGCACUGUGACUAGAUGUCCAACUCUCAGUACCGUCUAAGCCAGUAUGUCGCCUUUCCCUGGACUUGCAUGCUGGCUUACUUUUCCUUUAGAAGUUCCUCAAGGUCCUCAAGUUCAGCCCUGGGGUACCACCGUGGCUACAGGCUUUCAUUCUAAGCAGUUUCACAACCAGUGUGGUUGGCUCUUCUUCUUUUCUUAUUCAGCACUCAGAAAAAGCGCUAACCAAAAUGCUCACUAGAGGGGGAAACCCCAUCAAAAACCCUGGCUAGAUACAAAAAGAGCUAAACAGAAUCUUCAUAAAGUAAAAAGGUUUAUUUCCACAUCCUGCCAGAAAGCUCCAUGGAGCACAAAGACAUUCCAACAGCAGGGUCACAACACACGGACUCACCAUAAAGCAAUAGGAACUGCGGGAGACCCUCCAGAUUUAUGGAGCAGCUCCUGGCGGUGACUGGCAGGUGGUCCCACCUCUUGGGAGACCACAUGGAACAGAAAAUACAGCAGAUAAUUAGCAACAGUAACAUUAACAUAAAUAAAUAAAGAACAAGGCCGUCAAACAAGACUUCGAGCCCCCACCCGGAUAGGACCCCCGUUUGAGAUAAAACACUCCGCACUCCCCUCAACAUGGCGCUGUUUGUGUAAUUUGGAUGUGGCAAACACAAAUUGAUCUGUUAGGACAUUGACCAGAACUCCAGCUCUCUGUGCCAUCUAAGCCAGCAGGCAGCAUUGCCCAGAACCUGCCAGGUGGGUUACUGGCCAGAAAUGGCGUCGUUUUAAGAAUUUUUAACAUUCUUUUACUAUUCUUUAUUUCAAUUCAUCUCAUUUUUCUGGAGUUUGCUCCUUAAAUUGUACCCACAUACUCACAAUCAGUGCAGACACGGGUGCAAAUGGCACUGAAUGUUACACUUCAAUGUGCGCUAAUUAGUCAUAAAAGGCCGAACUGAGUGGUCCUCAAGUGGAGUCCUGCGGACCACCUUAACUGCCCUCUGCUCAUCACUGGGCUCCUUCCUUAGUUAAACUAGCGGUUACUUCCCAGUUUUGGACUUUUUUACGUCAAUCCUGAAAUUUCAAAACAGGUUUACUAAAUUUUUAGGGGAAUGUAGCGAGCACUUUGUGUGUGUGUGUGUGUGUUUGAGAGAGACUUUCAUUAUUGUUCUUUUUCUUUGAUAUCAAGAUUUUGCUCUUCACAUUCAGUAAGCUUUUCUUAUUAACUAGUUGUGCUACCCAUCGAAGACGAAUUUACAUCUAAAUCAAUGUUAACGUUUGCAUCGCACCAUCUGUUGGAAUGUAUUUUGGCAAUGCAUGUGGUAAUAAAAUGUAUCGCAUUUGUUGGAGUGACAAAUUCAAUGCAUGUAUCUCAGUUAUAUGCUAUGUGGUAUUGGACUCUUAAAAGCAGCGUUAAUAUUAGUGAUGCGCCAUCUGUUGGAAUGAUAAACGCAAUGUAUAGGUCUCUGUUAUAUUCGGUAUGGGACUCUUACAUGGAGUGUUAACAUUAGUGAUGCACCACCUGUUGGAAUAACAAAUGCAGCACAUAUGUCUCAUAUGCCAUUUGGUAUGGGAUUUGUUAUCACAGUUUAAAUGUUUGUGAUGCACCAUCUGUUGGAAUGAUACAUUCAAUGCAUAGGUCUCUGUUAUACGCCAUUUGGUAUUGGACUCUUAAAUGUAGUGUUAACGUUAGUUAUGCGCCAUCUGUUGGAAUGAUAAACGCAGCAUAUAUGUCUCAUAUGCCAUUUGGCAUGGGAUUCGUUAAUGCAGUGUACAUGUUUGUGAUGCACCAUCUGUUGGAAAGACGGAGACAAAGCAAACCGGAUGGACACGCAGACAGACACACGCAUCUCCUUUUUUUAAGGGGCAUUAACUCACAAGUGAAUGUUCUACAGACAUGGCUGCCCACCUUUAGUAUUCAGUGCCACUUGCCCAGGGGCCUGUACUGAUCAUCACUAAUCCUCAAACUCCGCACAAAAAACAUGACCCAAAAAGAAUAUGGGAAAUGAAAGUUAACAUUUAAAGAUAUGGCCAAAAAUACAAAUGUUUGCAUUUUGUUCACAUAUAAAUAUAUUAAUACUGAUUUCUGAAUGCAAAAUAAGAAUAGAAAAUGUCUAAUUAAACGGUCAGAUCAUUUAGAAGGAAGACCAAACCAUUUAUUUGUGAAACUGCUUGGACUGAACCUGGGGACCCCCGAUUUAGGGAAUGCAGUCAUGUGUCCUUAGCCUGAAGCACCCAGUCUGGUACUUGUGGGUUUGGGGGGUCAAAGCCUGUCUUGGCAGCGAUGGGUGAAGGGUGGCAGUCACCAUGGGCACCGCUGCAUCACACACUGCAGGAUGGGGGGCGGUGGUGUAGCGGUAGGCAGUGCAGGGUGGGCGUCUGUGCCAGGGCCCAUGAGGCUGGGGUGCGUUUUCUAAAGCUUUAUUAUUAACUUGCUUGCCUAGUUGAUGCUGGAAUGAACACAACUCCAUAAAGCUGGAUUUCUGACUAUUAAUCUUUCUUGUAGCUGAUAUGUUUGACAUUUCUUGUUGACGGUGGUCAUUUCAUAAUUGAGGGGCCUAAUUUAUUUAUUUAUUUUUCGCUUUGGGGUUCGUCUUCUUCUAGUUAUGCCACUGCUCUGAGCCUAAGGUGUGUGGAGCUGUAAGGACCACCAUGCUGCCUUCCUCUCAUUUCACGCCCUUCAAAUUUCCAGUUAAACGUCUUGUUAGCAAAAAAAAAAAUAAAAUAAAUAAAAGGACUUGCAUGUCUGUAGCUUGGAGGUCCGGGGAGCAGCCACCCAGCACCAGGAGUUGAGAAGGGGAUCAGCAUGGCAGCCAUUUACGAUUGCUUGCGAGCCCCCCGUUUCCUCAGCUUCCAUCUUUUGUAAACUCCCUGCCCUCCAAGCCCCCGAUUUGUUUUAAGCAGCUUUCAGAAUAUUUUGCUCAUAUUGUUACAUCAGGAGGUCAAAGGCCAGCGGCUCCAGUCGUCACGUGGCGGUCCCGAGAUGGUGGAGGCCUGUCUCGUAUCAGUCAUGUGACAACGUCCCAGCAUUCCAGAGUCUGAUGAUAGACACUCGGGGGCGACCAACAGGGACGGGUCACCUCAAUGUGACAGGAAGUUGGAGACCACUGGCCAAAAAGACCCCCGUUACCGUUACAGAAUUGGAGGGGGAGUCUCGCUAAAGUUAGAAAAUGAACCGAACCUGAUCAUGCCACUUCUCAACGGAGUCUCCACUCUUCUCAAUGCACGUGUGCCACCCGCCUGGCAGUGCCAGCAGAAUAAAAGGUUUUGUCUCGUCCUCUCUGCCACUCGUGCACCACUUUAUUGACCACCCUAAUAGGUGGAAAUCACAGGGUGCCAAAUCUGGCCCUGGUGUUCUUAGCAGUGUGUGUGUCAUUGUCACACAGCAAAAGGACCCCUCGAGACCGCAGUCCCCGCCGUUUGGAUCGAAGGGCAGGCUUCACUUUGGCCUCCAGCAAGUCACAGAAUCUCGCACUAGUGACUGUAGUGCCCCUCGGCAUGGAGUGUUGGACAAUAAGUCGGGCGCACGAGUCGCUGAGAGGACGAGACAAAACCUGCUGGCACUGCCAGGCGGGUGGCACAAGUGCGCUGAGAAGAGUGGAGACUCCAUUGAGAAGUGGCAUGAUCAGUUUUGUGAAGGUUCGGUUCACUGUCUAACUUUAGUGCGACUCCCCCUCCAUUAUAAAAGUGCAAACGACGAUUUGUGUCUCACCUUCACACGUGAACUUCAUGAACGCCAUCUGUGGGCGAAGUGAACGCGGCGUCUCUGUGACCAAAAUCCAGUCAAUAAAAGCUGAAGCAGAAAGAA